UUCCGAGACUAAAAGGUUCAUCCCAUUGUGAGGAGACACACUUGCCAAUUGUGGGGUGUUGUAAGCACAUAUUAUAGCAAAGAAAAAAUGGAAACAUUUGAGGGACAGUUUUCGGAAUGAAUUAAAGAAAGAAUGCAAACCAAAAUCUGGGGACGCCCAAGGCUCACCAUGCAAGCCCCAAUGGAAAUGGUUCAAAAACAUGGAAUUUUUACGAGGAACCCUAUCUUCUAGAAGUAUGGAAGACAACUUGAAAAGUGACUCCUCGUAUUUCACACAGGAAGAGUCUCAGCGUGAAACCGAGUCUAUUGAUGGAGAGGUGAUGAGUUGCCCACAAUCGCCAACUGAUGUCUCUAUAUCUUCUGCACCUUCUAGUUCUUUAAGUUCAAGUGUAGGUAGAAAACGCAAAGUCACUGCAGCAGAAGAAGGUGAAAGGCUGCAUAUUGAAAAAGAAAAACUGAACAUCAUGAAAUCAAUGGCAAAAAAAGAAGACGAGAAAGAUACAACUUAUCAUUUUCUGAUGAGCCUCAAAGACCCUAUAAACCCAAUAAUGCCAGUCUGCAACCUAUAAAUUAUACUGACUACGUAUUACCAACAUCUACACUGACCAAUCCAGGGGACGCUUCAACUUUAUUUUCUAGCUUCACCGAUGAUAGAAUAUAGAUUAAAUAUAGUUGCAGUAUAUCCGAAUUGUAUUGAAUUCUUAUCAAUACAAUUUUUUAAAACGUA